GUCUUAUAUUGAGAAGUUAGAAGAAGAAAACAAAUACUUAAAGAGUUUAUUACAGAAAAAGAGUUUUGUAUAUGAAGGAAAGGAAUUUAUGUUAAUAUCUGACUUUAAAAGCAAAAAGGAUGAUAUUGAAAUUGAAGAUGAUAUUGUUGCCUUAGAUGUUCAAGAACAGUUUGCUACUUAUUUUGAAGAAGUUGAAAUCAAUCUUUCAGGUUUAGACAGCAAGCAAAAACUAUUUCAAAUAUACUGCAACCUUUUUCAGAUAUCAUUUGAUUUUUGCCGUAAUGCUUUUAUUGAAAAACUCACAAAACCACUAUUUGCUUUGACUCAAUUGACUGUUGAAGAGAAAAAAAGGAGUAAAACUGAUAUAAAGAGGAAGAAAAAUUUAGCGGAUGUCAGUAAGGCUUAUCAACAUCUUGUGAAACAUUCUUCAGCAGAGCUGAGGAGUAUUGAUUACUCUGUAAUUGACAAAGUAAAAACCUCUUUCUCUGUUAGACAUGAUAAAGUUGUUAUACCAGAAAUUGAUGAUGCAAUUGUUGAAGCAGUUAAACUCUGUUGGAAGAUGCAAAUGCUGCCUACACCAAUGUUUAUCUGUCAACCUAAAGUCUUUAAUGAACAUUGGCAUGAAACCCAUUACGACUCAUGGGAUGAUGAUAGCACUAAUGACUUAGUGUAUUAUAGACCAGUCCUGAUGAACAGUGUUGGAGGAUCAAUUGCUUAUAAAGGUCUAGUGGGUAAUGAUGGUCUAGGCACAAAUAUUCUGACAAGGGAAACAACAAAGGAGAAGAAAAAUUUGCCAAAAAAAUCAAAUAUAGUUAUUUAUCAAGGAUCUUGUAAUCAGUGGCAGGAUAUACGAUUGUGUCUUACACAAGGCUUCAUACAACCAAAAACAAUUAGUUGUGCCUUUUGUAAUGGCAGCAUUCUGUUGACAAAUCAAACCUGCAUUGGAAAAGAUAUUAAUAUUUUACACGAAGAAUGUUUUUUUACUAUUAUCAAGAAAGGGUCUGUAAAAGACUCUUGAUAAAAGUACUCUUUUUCGAUACUAAUUAUUUUUACUAUUACAA